AUGUCGGCUGUAUUUCCACCAGAGAAGACAUUUGACGAGGAGAGUGGUGCUCAGAAUGACCUCACCACUGACGAGGAAGACUCCGGGGAUUAUUACCCUCGGCGGCCACCUGCUAAAGAUCGUGGUCCCGACUGUGGCAACCUUCUGGGAAAUGAGAUUGAUGUAAAGCCAGUGAGUCACUCACAAGCAACGUCUUCUACUACAGCAGCAAUGUCCUCCACGCCUUUUGCUCCAUCACCUUACGCUCACCCUUCCUCUGCCACACUGCCUCACAAUGUCACACCACUCACGCCCUCACCUCCUCACCCUGUUCACUCCAUCACCCAAGUCAGUCCCCUCCCCAUCCCCUCACCACCCCUCAACAUUGCCAUCGAUGAAAGACACCCAGCCUCCCUCCCCCAACCCCUCCCUCAAUCAGCUCCACUAGCUCCCUUUGCCCCUGCUUGUUCAGCCUCGUCAGGUAAAGAAGAAGAGAUUGACCGACGUCUGUUGAGUCUCACUCCUAGCCCUGACCCAAUACCCAAUGCUCCACCAAAGAAACUGCCAACGCUAGUACUAAAGAUCCAACAUCCAAUUAAAGCUGUUGCACCAUCCAGUAGUGGGAGGGAUGCCGUUUCUUCUCAAAGUAGCUCUGGAUUCCAGAGCCCUAGGUCGUUAUCGCCAACUCCACAGGGGCCUCCCCCAAUUAUGGCGGCAGCGACAAAGCCACCCAAACUAGACCCGCACCCGGAUGAGGAGAGCAGCGAAGGUGGGAAACAGCAUACCACCACUAAAGAAACAGAUGGAAAGUCAUUACGUGGUUCAGAGAUGAGAAGAACCCCAAAGACAGUAUUCUCUGGCUCGCCACCCACCACUCGCUCCAGGCCGACGGCCUCGUCAAAGCUUCCCACAGACUCUGCGGCACCCACGUCUCUGCCUAGGAAGAAGACACAACCUGUGACAUCGUCAAAACCAAGAGCUCCCACUUCUGCUCCAACCAAAACUGUUUCUCCAAAAGUGGGGUCCAAAUUAGCAAAGGUCCCUUCGAAACCACCAUCCUCAGCAUCACCCAGAGUUACCAAGAAGACUACCUCCACACAAUCCGGUAACCCUAGAGAAACAGGUCCACUGGCCAUGAGGGUAAAGAAACCUCAGCCACUCACAGCCAAAUCAUCUUCUCACACAUCAACCAAACCAUCCAGCCACACUACAAAGAAGUCUUCCCCACUUCAACCUGCCCAGCUUUCUAAUAAAGUCGAGCCGGUCUACUUCCCGUCACCCCACAAGCAAGCCGUCAUCCACACACCCAACGAGCAAGCCAUCUUCUGUCCAUGCAUCCAGCAAGACCAGAGUAACUAGAACUGCUGGGACAGCAGGCCCAACACAGACAGCAGUCCCCUCAGCAGCUAUUCUAGCUUCAAGAGGUCUACACAAGAGUAAGACAGGGAAGAUUGGUGUAUCCAAAUCUUCACUCCCAGAUGAGGAACAACUAAGUACUGGAUCAAUGCCUUCCAUUGCUCAGGAACAGGUCGGUGGAUCUCACGCAACAUCCCCUGCCAGUAGUGGGAGAUACAGCGAUGUAAUGGUGGGAGGACCCGGCACGAGAUUGGGCGACGUCAUCAGUUUUCCAGACACAGUCAUUCGCGACCCGGAGAAACGUGUCCAUUGCUUAAAGCUCUGACCCACCGUAUUCAAAAGUGGAAGAUGUUUGGUCGCUAUCUGGGACUGAGCGAUCAGGAACUGGAUGACAUUGAGAAGACUAACCACUUCACGACCGAGCGCUGUUUCAAGAUGCUGGUGACGUGGGGGAGGAACUCCAAUGGAGGAAAGUACUCUGAGCUCGAGGCAGGCAUUCACAAUAUCAUGAGAGAAGAUCUGGUUGAAGAUGUGAGACCCUUACUGCCUUUGGAACAAACUGAGCACUACGGUGAGGAAGAAGAAGAGAAUGUACUGAGAUUUACUCGUUUCAGCGUGCAGGGUGACUCGCAAAACUUCGAUAGACUCGCCAAAUCUGUGACUAAGUUUCUAAGGGGUACACAUGGCAACCACAAGAAAAUAUUGUUUCGGCUCUCACAUGAAAACUGAGCUCCCCACUAGAAAUCUAUCUGCCUCCCCCCUCCAACUCAGACUGUGACCUGACAGUAGUUCAGGAACUCUGUUUCGCUGCACAGUGUCGUAGUGUGUCCACUGUUGAUCUGGUGUUCGAAGUUGAAAGUUGAUUUGUACUCACCUGUAUAUGUAUGAAUUUUGUAUUGUUUAUACCUUCAGUAUUAUUAUGCACUGGCUGUAUAAUACAUAAUAGGUCUGUAAUCGCUUAUGACGCCGGAAGUCCAGCUGGUUAAUUUCCGUCUACCACCCACGCGCGAUCAUAAUAGCAAUGCGCAGAAGCCUAGCUAGCUGGGAUAAAGACCGAGACUGCGGACUGCAUUAUUUGUGUUAGAUAAUCUCCGAAGCAGGGACGAUCAUUAUACAUGGCGAUCUGGGCUGCUGUCUGCGGCACUCUCCUUACUCUCCUCAUCUCCUGCCACUUCGGUUGCUCCCUGUCGGAGCCUUCCGUUUUUGUGAUCAACGACGUGGCCUACCCCGCCGGCCCAGAGUUCGUGGCAGUGUACGUCGUCGGCGAAUUCGACGGGUCUACGCUCAAUAUUGAGUGCAGAUACAACUCCAGCACCUCCACAGCAAGCUGGGAGUUGGUCAGAAGUGAUUACGAUGGUUUCGGUGUCAACACCGGUCCUGCUCCUGUGGAGCCAGUGACAUUAGUGAUAGAUGCUCCAGGUGCGCUGACGGAGUGGGCUGCGAACGGGACUACCCUGUCCUUCUUUGAAAUUAGCCCGCAGUUGGAAGGUCUUUAUCAGUGCACUGCUGCAGGAGUCAAUCUUCGGAUUCUGCUCACUGGCGACAACCCCUACCUGGAGGCGACUGACGCAUUCAUCACAACCAGAUUGGUGGACACUCUGUCCCUGCCACUGGUCAAUCGCUAUGCUGACCCAGAGCUGAUGAUGAACCUUCCUCCACCAGUGGAGAAUGUAAUGGUGACAG